GCUGCGAGGAGUGUGUGUCCGUGGCCGCGUCGACUGCAAAUAGUGAAUAGUCGAAUGUUUCAGCUGGAGGUCGCGAUGCCGUGAUGGCUGGCAGAGCGCGCCCUCCGCAGACGGAGACCGAUCCGCAGCAGUCGAGCCCUGCGGCGAAGAAGAGCAAGCUGAGCGAGGAGGCGGUUGGCAACGCAAGCACCGAGACCAUCGAAGGCGGACUGACGCCGUGCCUGGAGUCGUCGGAAGUGCUGGCCGCGUCGUCGGACGAGUCGUUCGGCGAGGUCGACGAGGACAAGGGCAGGAUCAGCAUCGGCGACGACGAGGUGGCGGCAGCGGCGGACGCGAGGUUGGCGGCAGCGCGGACGCGAGGUUGGCGGCGGGCGGGGCCCGUCGAACCCCCCCGCCGAGGGCGAGCUGCCGGACGGGAGAUCAACACCGCGCUGAUGGGCGAGCGCGCCUUAUACCAGGACCUCUCGCUCAUCGGCGACGGCGCUUACGGCACCGUCUACAAGGCCAAGGAUGCCAACAGCGGACAGGUGGUCGCCCUCAAGAAGGUGCGCGUGCCCACCGCCGAGAACGGCAUGCCCGCCUCCACCCUGCGCGAGAUCGCUGCGCUCAAGCUGCUCGAGCAGCCCGACAACCCCCACAUCGUCAAACUGCUGGACGUGUGUCAAGGCACCUUCCUCAAGUUCACCUCGAACGACCCCCGACUGGGAAGGUCGCGGCAGCUCUUGACUCUCUGGCUGGUGUUCGAACACGUCGACCGGGACUUGGCCAGCUUUAUGGCUGCCUGUCAGUCGCGCAAAAUCGCGCCGGCGCUCAUCAGACAGAUGACCCGCGAGAUCCUGAGGGGUGUUGAGUACCUGCACUGCCGUCGUAUUCUGCACAGGGAUCUGAAGCCCCAGAACUUAGUUACCAAAGAUGGCCACAUCAAAAUCGCAGACUUUGGCCUGGCCAAGACCUACGAAUUUGAGAUGCGACUGACCUCUGUCGUUGUUACUUUGUGGUAUCGCGCACCGGAAGUUCUUUUAAAAACUACUUACGCUAGCCCACUCGACAUUUGGUCCAUUGGCUGCAUACUUGCUGAAUUGUGUGAACUCAAACCCUUGUUCCCCGGAACCGGCGAGAAGGAUCAGCUCGACAAGAUUUUUCGUUAUAGGAAGACCGACAUGGAAGAUUGGCCUAAGGGUUCUCCGAUACAGCACUCGUCAUUCCCUCCAAGACAUUCCAUACCUAUGGAAAUGGUAAUUCCGCACUUGAGUGAAUCAGGUAUCGAUCUUAUUAAAAAAAUGCUUAGCUUUAAGCCUCGUAAUCGAAUUACGGCAUCUCAAGCUCUCAAACACCAAUAUCUUGCUGAAACUUAGUUUCCUGACCUAAACAUAAUAGAUCUUCGACUGCUUAUUCUCGCGUUUGUAAAUAUUGGAAAAAAAUGUUAUAUCAUUACUCCUAUAAUGAAUACCUAUUACUCUCUAUUUUUUCUACUUUGUAAAGUUAUUGUAAAAUGUUUUGUUAAAGUAUUUGAGUGUAUAUUUAUGAUUAGUAUAUAAGAAUUUUCUUAUUCAAAUAAUUAAUGUAAUCAAGUAAAUUUAAUAUUUAAAACAUCGUAAUAUCACUUGGAUGUCACGCAAUCCUGA